CUAAACAAUUUGACCAGUCAAACAUAUACACCCACCGAUACGGCCAAUAAAACCAAUUUGAUUGUGAAUUAUUUGCCCCCUUUCAUGUCUCAAGAGGAAGUCAAAGCUUUAUUUUCCAGUAUCGGGGAGGUUGAGAGCUGCAAACUGGUUCGGGAAAAGGCAACCGGGGAAUCUUUAGGCUACGCGUUCGUGAAAUAUAUCAGAGCGACAGACGCAGAGAAGGCGAUUCGUACAUUAAACGGUCUUCGUUUGCAAAAUAAAACAAUCAAGGUGUCAUUGGCUCGACCUAGUUCGGAAUCGAUUAAAGGUGCAAAUUUAUAUAUCUGUGGCUUACCGAAAAAGAUGACCCAAGCCGAAUUGGAAGAACUUUUCAAUCAAUGUGGUCGUAUUAUCACCGCUAGAAUUUUGUACGACAAUAAGACUGGACUUUCACGUGGUGUGGCUUUCAUUCGAUUCGAUCAGAGACACGAGGCGGAAUUAGCGAUUCGACGUUUGAAUGGAUAUCAAGCCCCUCCGGAACAUCCAAAUGGGACACCGAGUGAACCGAUCACUGUGAAAUUUGCAAAUUCACCAAACUCUAUUCGACAUGACAGUCUUACAGCCCAGAUAGCCUCCAUCUCAAACAGGUUGAAAUACUCCGGUGCUUUGGCCGGUGGUGCGAGUUCGCCCGGUUCUACGCCGGCUGAUUUCCUUCCGGCAAUGGCCAGUGCCGCUGCAGUGGUAAAUCCUCUAUUAGCCCCGGCUGUUGCGGCCAGCUCCGGCGCAUUGACUGCAACCGGCUGGUGUAUCUUUGUUUACAAUUUGGCCCCGGAAACGGAAGAAGCUAAUUUGUGGCAAUUAUUUGGUCCAUUUGGUGCUGUUCAAACGGUGAAGAUUAUUCGCGAUCCGGCUACCAAUAAGUGCAAAGGUUUUGGAUUUGUCACAAUGAGUAACUAUGAGGAAGCGUUGCUUGCCAUUCAUUCAUUGAACGGAUUUGCUUUAGGCAAUCGUCAAACGGACUUUCCGUAUCGGUGUCCGCUUAUGCGCCUGGUUGCGUCACUGAUGGACUCCUCAGUUUAUACUUUUUCGUCUCAAAAAUGUGUUACUGUAUGUCACACGACAAUGUUAUUUUAA